CCCUUUGCCAUGUGCAGUGCCGCGAUAUCAGACCAGGCCGAUGCCUUAUCGCGCGCGAGCUGCUCGCCAGCGCGCGCGUGAGCGCGCGCGAUCGUCGCCUACGGAGCCUCGGGUCCCGUACGGGACUCGUCACUUCGAAGGCCGUCACUUCCGGCUAUCAGAGAGACUCGUAGCUACGCUCCGUAACGGUUCUUCGGACCUGCAACGAAAACACAAAACCACACUUUUAACAGUCACGCACUUUCCUCAGCAAGCGCUGCGCACCAUGGACAGCUCCAUCUCCAACAAUGCAAUGGGCGCAGGGUCCACGGCGGCGAAGAGCCAGGUGCAGUUCAAUCCGUACACCAUGCUGCCAUACACGCCAAAGUACUACGAUCUCUACAAGAAAAGGGUCACUCUGCCUGUGUUUGAGUAUCGCACCGAUUUCAUGAGAUUGCUGUCGCAGCACCAAUGCAUCGUUCUCGUCGGAGAGACGGGCUCUGGUAAGACCACGCAGAUACCGCAAUGGUGCGUCGAGUAUUCGAGAAGUAUCGGAAACAAAGGAGUCGCCUGUACUCAGCCUAGAAGAGUGGCAGCCAUGAGCGUCGCUCAGAGAGUUUCGGAAGAGAUGGACGUUGCCUUAGGUCAAGAAGUGGGAUACAGUAUUCGUUUUGAGGACUGCAGUUCCCCGAGGACUGUGCUCAAGUACAUGACCGACGGUAUGCUGCUUCGGGAAGGCAUGUCCGAUCCCAUGCUGGAUGCUUACCAAGUGAUACUGCUGGACGAAGCUCACGAAAGAACGUUAGCCACCGACCUGCUGAUGGGUGUUUUGAAAGAAGUGAUCAAGCAGAGACCGGACUUGAAACUUGUGAUUAUGAGUGCUACCUUGGACGCCGGCAAGUUUCAGCAGUACUUCGACAAUGCACCGCUUAUGAACGUACCUGGUAGAACGCAUCCGGUUGAGAUAUUUUACACGCCGGAGCCAGAGAGGGAUUACUUGGAGGCGGCGAUUAGAACUGUCAUUCAGAUACAGAUGUGCGAAGAGAUUUCCGGGGAUCUUCUGCUGUUUCUGACCGGUCAAGAGGAGAUCGAGGAAGCUUGCAAGAGAAUCAAGAGGGAGAUGGACAAUCUGGGGCCUGAGGUUGGUGAACUCAAGUGUAUACCGCUGUACUCGACACUGCCGCCGAAUCUUCAACAGAGAAUAUUCGAGGCUGCACCACCUACCAAAGCUAACGGUGCUAUCGGCCGCAAAGUUGUCGUCUCGACUAAUAUCGCAGAGACGUCGUUGACCAUCGACGGAGUCGUUUUCGUCAUAGAUCCUGGUUUUGCUAAGCAAAAAGUGUACAACCCUAGAAUUCGUGUCGAGUCUCUCUUGGUGUCGCCCAUUAGCAAGGCCUCGGCGCAACAGCGUGCCGGUCGCGCUGGCAGAACAAGACCUGGAAAGUGUUUCAGAUUAUACACGGAAAAGGCGUACAAAAACGAGAUGCAGGACAAUACCUAUCCCGAGAUUUUGCGUUCUAAUCUUGGAAGCGUCGUGUUGCAAUUGAAGAAACUUGGCAUUGACGACUUGGUACAUUUUGACUUUAUGGAUCCACCGGCGCCUGAAACACUUAUGAGAGCUUUGGAACUUCUCAAUUAUCUAGCAGCUCUUGACGAUGACGGGAACCUGACGGAUCUCGGCGCGGUGAUGGCGGAAUUUCCAUUGGAUCCCCAGUUGGCGAAGAUGCUUAUAGCUUCUUGCAAUCAUAAUUGCAGCAAUGAGAUACUCAGCAUUACUGCUAUGCUCUCAGUCCCACAGUGCUUUGUGAGGCCGAACGAAUCCAAAAAAGCUGCGGAUGAUGCAAAGAUGAAAUUUGCACACAUUGAUGGCGAUCAUCUAACAUUACUUAACGUGUAUCAUUCUUUCAAACAACAUAUGGAUGAUGCUCAAUGGUGUUACGAUAAUUAUGUGAAUUAUCGGUCGCUGAAGAGCGGAGACAACGUCAGGCAACAGUUGAGCAGAAUAAUGGACAGAUUUGUGUUGAAACGCACUUCGACGGAUUUCAAUUCAAAAGAUUAUUACAUUAACAUCAGGAAAGCUCUUGUCAAUGGUUUCUUCAUGCAGGUAGCACAUUUAGAGAGAACUGGGCAUUAUCUGACCAUCAAAGAUAACCAGGUAGUACAACUGCAUCCGAGCAGCUGUCUCGAUCAUAAACCAGAGUGGGUUAUUUACAAUGAAUUUGUGCUCACUACUAAAAAUUACAUCAGAACAGUCACCGACAUCAAACCCGAUUGGUUGCUCAUGAUAGCGCCGCAAUACUACGAUCUCCAAAAUUUCCCCCAGUGCGAAGCGAAGAGGCAGCUCGAGCUCACCCAGGCGAAAUUAGAUUCGAAACAGUAUCAGGAAGGCUUCUAACCUCUAUAUACCUUAGACAUAUUUGGAAAUCGCAAGAAACUGUCGAGAAUGCUCAGUCAAAAUCCUGCUUUUAUCGUGGCGAACUUCGGCACGCGACUUUCUCACCUAUCGGAAUCACAUCACAUACAAAUCAUUGUGAGACACAUUAUGGAGAAUCACUUUCUGUCCUUCACGCAAAAGGCACGGAAGAGAUACAUUGGAACAUUUAGGUUUCCUGACGAGCCCGGCGCUGGCUUGUACGAUGUAAAAAUUGAACAUUUAAAAAAUUUAAUUUAACCUUUCGAUAUCUAAGCCAAACGGGGGAAAGGAAAAUGGACAAUUUAUUAACUUGAAACACACAGCAAAAGCAUAGUUAAUCGAUAAGAGGGGUUAUUUAUGUACAUUCAAGAGAAUACGUAGUCUCUAAGUAAUUUUAACAGUAGAGUUCAUUAAUCGACGUUUACAUUCGAACGCAUUCGGAAUGUCACUAGAUAUAAUAGAUUAAUUUUUGUAUUAAAUGUUGACCAUAUAAUGUGAAGAAGGUAUAUAAAAUGGCCACUACAUAUAUAGUAAAAAAAAAAGGGAACAUAGUCCUCGUAUUUGCCUAAAAAUUGUCUCGAAAAGAAAAAAAAUUGUUUUUUUCACUAAUGUCAUGUCGCUCCUCUCGCCGUGGACUCUGAUACGACUUGUCCCGUGCUUUAUAUUCCGUGCUCCUCCUCAGAUUUAGAAUAUGUUGCGGUGUGUACGGUGGCAUUUUUAAGUGGAAUGGAUAGCGAGAAUGAUCAUAUGCUUAUAAACGCGCAUGAACUUUUUACUAAAACGAGAUAGAAUGGAACAAUUUCUAGACGCGCGUCUGAAAGAAAUCAAAUUGAUGAGGGGGCAAAAGUAUUUAUGAUAUAUUAAUAGAAUUAAAGCCAUUCAGCACACAACAUACACAUACACGAAUACACAAACACGAUGGCCAAUUUAUGAAAAAGCAGCAUUCAGUGUAAUAAAGCAUCUUUAUUAGCACCUGAAAGGAAAACUGAAUUUGAGUAUCCUGUAUGUUUAUUGUGUUCAUCAUUGACAUUCUACACGUAUAACGAUGAAUGUAUGAAUUUUUUUUUUAAGGCAAGGAAGGACCAAAUAAUUCCGUCUUAAAUGUUAAAAACAAUUUCUGUAAUUAACUCUUCAAUUGUGUUGCAGCUAACAUCUGUUAACUGUUUCUCUAUUUAUGGUAAACUUGGAUAUAACAAGAUACUUAUUCGAUUUUGUAAAUAACUACGAAAGAAAAAAAGGAAAGGUUUUUAUGACAAUGCGAAAUAAGUUAUAACGAAUGUUUUGUUGCAUUAUACGUUGUUCAUUCCAAUAAAAAUUCGAAGCUUUUAUCUC